AUUCUUCAUCUGCUCUAAGCAAAAAGACAUGCUAUGUCGGUGAUUUAUACGUCACGCUGCCUCUUCCAUUAGAGCCCAUUUCAUUCCCCUUUCUCUCAGCCCCAAUUCCUCUACCUUCUCCUCCUCUCCGACGCAUCCUUCUCUUCUCGGAAUGUCUUACGAUUACCUCUUCAAGUACAUAAUCAUCGGAGACACCGGAGUAGGGAAAUCAUGUCUGCUCUUGCAAUUCACGGAUAAGAGGUUUCAGCCUGUACAUGAUCUCACUAUCGGUGUUGAGUUCGGUGCUCGCAUGGUCACCAUCGAUGGUCGACCCAUCAAGCUUCAGAUUUGGGACACUGCUGGCCAAGAAUCUUUUAGGUCCAUUACUAGAUCAUACUACAGAGGAGCAGCAGGAGCACUUCUGGUUUACGACAUUACAAGGAGAGAAACAUUUAAUCACUUAGCAAGCUGGCUAGAGGAUGCUCGGCAGCAUGCAAAUCCCAACAUGACGAUCAUGCUUGUAGGGAACAAAUGUGAUCUUGCUCAUCGAAGAGCUGUCAGCAAAGAGGAAGGAGAACAGUUUGCUAAGGAAAAUGGACUUCUAUUCUUGGAGGCUUCUGCAAGGACAGCUCAAAAUGUUGAGGAAGCCUUCAUAAGGACUGCAGGAAAGAUCCUUCAGAAUAUCCAGGAAGGCGUGUUUGACGUAUCCAAUGAGUCUUCAGGUAUCAAGGUUGGAUAUGGACGCCCCCAGGGCCCAUCAGGCGCAAGAGAUGGUACUGUUGCACAGAGAGGGGGAUGUUGUGGCUAGUUGAAACACAAAUAUAACCUGUAUUGUAAUUGAUCAUUCUCCCCACACAUAUGAAUAUAUUAUGCUUAGAAGUGUUGUAUUUGACUUUCUGGUUGACAUUUAAUGUAUAGAUCCAACAAUCUGUUCUUUGGACAAAAUUGAAUUUAAUUGAUAGGGAUUCAAGUCUUUUGAGUGCUUGAAAA